UCGCGCCCGUCGCGGCCAGUGCGCGCCCGCCCAGGUCCGACACUCGACGUCGGCUCGUCAACGAAACCACACAACUCUAUUUAUUUAACGACCAUUAUUUAAUCGAACACGAGCACGACAUAAACUGCCAAAAUGUUUAAAAGUCAUUUAGAAAUGAUUGGCAGAAAUGAGACGCCAUCGAAGAAAGCCAGAUUUUGGCAAUCCUUCGUGCGAUCUCUCAAAGGAUCGGAAGACAUCAGAGCCGAGGAGAGAUACAGGCCCAGCCGCCGUAGCGUGUUCCCUGAGCUCUUGAGCACUAGCUACCCCUACACCAAGUCUAUCUACGAUGACCCCAUCGGCGCCGCUGAGAGGAUCACCGUCCCCGGAUACCGUUACCUGCCCGUCCACCGUGAGGUUUACGGAUACUCCCCACGCCCCAUCUAUGCCCACAACUACGCGCGCUCCCUUGACUCGUACAGGCCAAUUUACCACGUACCAAGGCGCGUCCGACGAGGCGUCGAUCCCUUCGAUGCCCACAAGGCGUGGCAAGACCAUCUCGACAGACUGGCAGCUAUCGACAGGCUGUACCCCUCUCGCUACGGUCUCUACUUGAAGGACCGGGCAUACCCCAUCACCGACCUUAGCUCUCCCAUUUCCACGCCCCUGGAGCCCAAGAGCCUAAAGGGAAUCGAAUAUGAGCCCGACAGCAAGCCCCACUGGGGAACAGGAGCGUGGCCGGCGAGGAUAUCGGACGCGUUCAAAAACGACCCAUUUUUCUCUGAAGCCGAAAAAUGGGCAGGUUUUGACCGCUCACUCCGAGGGAAGUCCCCGACGCCGGUGAAGCCGAGGAUAAGCCCACCGCGCGACUGCGAAGUCGCAUUCGAUGCCGACGGUGCACCGCUGUACAACGCUGGUGGACUCCGAAGAAGGCCUUGGGCUGACAUUUUCAACCCGAGCCCCUCUCUACCAAUCUCGGCCAUCACUCGGGACCCCUUCUGGUACGACUGGCCGGAGCUGAAGCCCCUGGCUAGAUGGGACCGCAGCCCCUCCUACAUCCGUGACUCGUACCUGUCGCCAGUCAAACGCACCUUCCUUUGGGACAAACACCCGAUCAGGCCGUUAGCUGCUGCUUUCUAAGGGGCCUGACAUCGAACCCACAUAUUAUAAGAACUUAAUUUAUAUUUUAUAAACUUUUUCUGUUAUACAUUGACUAUGUUAAAACGAUUAUUUAACAAUAAAUUUUAAAAUGUAAGCUACAAAAUAAAUUACAAAAUAAUUAAAGUUUGAUCAGUGAUCACGCAAGAUCUCAAAGACUGCAAUAACAUAGUCACUGCCACGAAUA